AUGGCCAGCAAGCAUAAGAUAAUAUUUACUGGAUUACUUGUUUUAAUUUCAGUGCAGUGGACUUUGUGUUUUUCAGAGGAAGAGUUGCAUGCCAGCUACUGGAACAACAAAGCCAGUCAGGCUCUUCAUACUGCCCUGAAUGUCCAGCCUAAUGUUCACCAAGCCAAGAACAUCAUCCUAUUUCUGGGGGAUGGUAUGGGGGUAACAACAGUGACUGCUGCGCGGAUCCUCAAAGGCCAGAUGGCAGGAAAAUCUGGGGAGGAGACCAGCCUGGUCAUGGAUACCUUCCCUCAUCUGGCACUGUCUAAGACGUACAAUGUCGACCAGCAGAUGCCAGACAGUGCUGGCACAGCCACCGCCUACUUAUGUGGUGUGAAGGCCAACUACGGCACUCUGGGUGUCACUGCUGCUGCCCCAAGAAGCAAAUGUAGUGCUACUUAUGGGAAUGAAGUUACAUCUGUUCUGCACCGUGCCAAGAAAGCAGGAAAAUCUGUGGGAAUUGUCACUACAACUCGAGUGCAGCAUGCCUCUCCUGGUGCAAGCUACGCUCACAGUGCCGAUCGAGACUGGUACGCCGACUCUGACCUCCCCCCUGAGGCUAUCCGUAACAGAUGCCGUGACAUUGCUUAUCAGCUGAUUAACAACACAGAGAUAAAUGUCAUUCUUGGUGGAGGUCGUCAGUACAUGUUCCCCAAAACAACACAAGACCCAGAGUAUGCAAAUAUUACAGGAAGCCGAAAUGAUGGACAAGAUCUUGUGAAGGAGUGGAGAAGGAAUAAAAUGAAUGCUAAAUAUGUCUGGAACAAGGCUGAACUGGCUGCAGUCAAUCCAGCAGCUACAGAUUUUCUGAUGGGCCUGUUUGAGCCAAAAGACUGCCGCUAUGAGCUGGACCGUGAUAAAUCCAUGGACCCGUCCCUCACCGAAAUGAUGGAGAAAGCUAUAAAGAUUCUCAGCAAGAACCCCAAGGGAUUUUUCCUCUUUGUGGAAGAUAAUGGGAGAAUUGACCAGGGACACCACGCAGGAAAGGCCAAACGAGCUCUCUAUGAGGCUGUAGAGUUUGACCGGGCGAUUGGUCGAGCAGCUGAACUUACCAGUGAACUGGACACCCUGACUGUGGUCACUGCUGACCACUCCCAUGUCUUUAGCUUUGGUGGAAAAUCUGCUAGAGGAAACCCUGUUUUAGGGGUGUCUCGCACAUUAGCUGAUGACAAGAAGCACUUCACCACUGCUCUGUAUGGCAAUGGACCAGGAUAUGUGAAUGGAACCCGCCCGGAUGUGAAUGAGUCAGUUUCAUCGGGUAACGAUUACCUGCAGCAGGCUACUGUCCCUCUUGAUUCAGAGACCCACGGCAUAGAGGACGUAGCCAUUUUUGCCAAAGGUCCCAUGUCACACCUUAUCCAUGGAGUCCAGGAGCAGAACUACAUCGCCCAUGUCAUUGCUUACUCUGCCUGUCUGGAGCCCUAUGAGAACUGCACACUUCCUCCUCCCAACCAUGCCGGAGCUAUCCACCCAAGCCUGCUGCUCCUCCUGAUGAGUCUCCUUCUCCUCUUUCUGUGCUCUGUCUGAGAGGACUGCUUCCCGGGAA